AUGGGGGACUCCAGGGACCUUUGCCCUCACCUUGACUCCAUAGGGGAGGUGACCAAAGAGGACUUGCUGUUCAAAUCUAAGGGAGCCUGUCAGUCGUGUGGUGUUACUGGACCGAACCUGUGGGCCUGUCUCCAGGUCUCCUGCUCCUAUGUUGGCUGCGGAGAAUCCUUCGCUGACCAUAGCACCAUUCACGCUCAGGCAAAAAAGCACAACCUGACAGUGAACCUGACCACGUUCCGGGUGUGGUGUUACGCCUGUGAGAAGGAAGUGUUCCUGAAGCAGAGGCUGGCAGCACCCCUGGCGGGCCCCUCGCCCAAAUUCUCGGAGCAGGACCCUCCGCUGCCUUCGCACCCUCUGAAAGCUGUCCCUAUUGCCGUGGCCGACGAAGGAGAGUCCGAGUCAGAGGAUGAUGACCUGAAACCUCGAGGCCUCACGGGUAUGAAGAACCUCGGCAACUCCUGCUACAUGAACGCCGCCUUGCAGGCCCUGUCCAACUGCCCUCCGCUCACCCAGUUCUUCUUGGAGUGUGGAGGCCUGGUGCGCACAGACAAGAAGCCAGCCCUGUGCAAAAGUUACCAGAAGCUGGUCUCUGAGGUCUGGCACAGGAAACGCCCAAGCUACGUGGUUCCCACCAGCCUGUCUCACGGGAUCAAGUUGGUCAACCCGAUGUUCCGAGGCUAUGCCCAGCAGGACACCCAGGAGUUCCUGCGCUGCCUGAUGGACCAGCUGCACGAGGAGCUCAAGGAGCCCGUGGUGGCGGCUGCAGCGGCACUGGCCGAGGCCCGGGACUCAGACUCGAGCGACACGGACGAGAAGCGCGAGGGCGACCGGAGCCCGUCCGAGGACGAGUUCCUGUCCUGUGACUCGAGCAGCGACCGGGGUGAGGGCGAUGGGCAGGGCCGUGGCGGGGGCGGCUCGCAGGCCGAGGCGGAGCUGCUGACCCCCGACGAGGCGGGCCGCGCCAUCUCCGAGAAGGAGCGCAUGAAGGACCGCAAGUUCUCCUGGGGCCAGCAGCGCACCAGCUCGGAGCAAGUGGACGAGGACGCCGACGUGGACACGGCCAUGGCCGCCCUCGACGACCAGCCCGCAGAGGCCCGGCCGCCGUCGCCGCGGUCCCCCAGCCCCUGCCGGACCCCAGGUGCCAGACAGCCGCUCGGGGCCCCCGGCCCGCUCUGCCCGGCACCUCCCGUGUGCCGGGCGCCGACGCGCACCGGCCCGCUGGCCUCUCCCACCCCCUGGGGUCCCACCACCAGAGCCUCGGGUCAGGGGUCGGCCACGUGGCAGCUCAUCAGCAGCGAAGAAGGCAGCAAGGCAGUCUUCCAGGGUGACGACCGGCCCCCAAAACCAGCUAGGGGUACAGGAUACCACAAACCUACGGCGACAGAAAAGGGGUGGCGGGGGUGCAAGCAGGGCCUGGGCAAGACUGAGACCUGGCGGCUCUGGGCCCCGGGAGGCACCUUGGCCCAGUGGGCGGAACGGGGCCAGGGCAGUGUCGUGUCUCCAGCAGGCGGGAAGGCCGGGGUACCUCCGGAUAUACUCCACGAUGAAGGCGAGCCAGCCCUGGGCGGCGUAGCUGUCCCCGCAGGCGCCCGGCUUGGCUGGCACGUUCUGGUAGAUGUGCAGCUUGGCCAGGUCCUCCUUGCCAGGAAUGGGCAGCGACAGGUCCUGGAACGUCUCUACCGUGGUGGACACCUGUGGGGUCGAAGGUCAGCUUGGAAAGGCAGGGGGCACCAGGCGGAGCCCCCAACCUGGGGGAGGAGCACCGGGGCGCUGAAGGCCGGCGCGUCGCUCGUCCCGCCCCCGGGCACUCACACGGUCACAGGUGGCCACUACAUCGCCUACUGCCAGAACGUCAUCAACGGGCAAUGGUACGAGUUCGAUGACCAGUAUGUCACUGAGGUCCACGAGACGGUGGUGCAGAACGCCGAGGCCUACGUCCUCUUCUACAGGAAGAGCAGCGAGGAGGCUGUGCGGGAGCGGCAGCAGGUGGUAUCCCUGGCCGCCAUGCGGGAGCCCAGCCUGCUGCGGUUCUACGUGUCCCGGGAAUGGCUUAACAAGUUCAACACCUUCGCGGAGCCGGGGCCCAUCACCAACCACACCUUCCUCUGCUCCCACGGAGGCAUCCCGCCCAACAAAUACCACUACAUCGACGACCUGGUAGUGAUCCUGCCCCAGAACGUCUGGGAGCACCUCUACAACAGGUUUGGGGGCGGCCCUGCCGUGAACCAUCUGUACGUGUGCUCCAUCUGCCAGGUGGAGAUAGAGGCACUGGCCAAGCGCAGGCGGAUUGAGAUCGACACCUUCAUUAAGCUCAACAAAGCCUUCCAGGCCGAGGAGUCCCCCAGCGUCAUCUACUGCAUCAGCAUGCAGUGGUUCCGGGAGUGGGAAGCCUUUGUCAAGGGCAAGGACAAUGAGCCCCCCGGGCCCAUUGACAACAGCAGGAUCGCACAGGCCAGGGGAAGCGGCCACAUUCAACUGAAGCAGGGAGCUGACUAUGGGCAGAUUUCGGAGGAGACCUGGGUCUACCUGAACAACCUGUAUGGCGGUGGCCCCGAGAUCGCCAUCCGACAGAGUGUGGCCCAGCUCCAGGACCCAGAGAGCUUACACGGGGAGCAGAAGAUCGAAGCCGAGACCCGGGCCGUGUGACUUGAUGGGCCAGUCUGCCCCUGCCUUCGCCCUCCUCCCGGCAGAGGGCGCGUUUGUACCCCGAAGACGGGCCGGCCACUUUGGAAACCCAGAUGUGUAA